GAUGCAGAAUUCUGGAGCUCCGGUGAUAGUUCACUGUUCUUUGUCCAACUCUGAUUUAACUAACAGAUUGCAGCAGAAAGGACAUCGCAUCCGAUAUGGUACUGGUACCACAGAAGGAAGUGUUAUAUUUCCUCACGGAGGCCCAGUAUUUAUAGCUCAGCAGCUGACAAAGUCAGUGCAGCACUGGCCACCUGACUCAGAAACUGCUCUAGAACCCGGCCUAGUUACCAAGUUAAGAAAAGCACAGCAAGUUCAUACCAGCUUAUAUCUGAUUACAGUAAGUCCGUUACUGGGACUUAACGAACUUAAUGUUAUAUCGCUUCUUCAAGAAAUGUUACCUGACAUGAGUAUUCUCCCAGUAAAGGAUGGUAGAGAAUGUGCAGAUGCUAUGUGUAACAUUGUAAAGGUCCGUGACCCAGACACAAGGCAGAUAAUAGAACAGAGACUAGAGACAAGUGUUAAUGAUAUGAGGUCUAACACUUACCAGGACGUACUUAACUCACUACCCUUUGAGCAAGCAGAUAAGGUGGAGUUGAGUAACAGGUUCAAAUGUGUGGCUGAUUUGGUGAAGGCUAACAAACAAGAUCUACAAGGAAUUGACAAUUCUCAGACCUUACUCGACUUUUUUUCUGAGGACAAAGUAACUAUUUGAUGAUCCCAAUAUAUUCAAGAACUGUUUAUUAUUUUGUUAGAUAUUUGUCGUAUUGUUGAUCAUUCAGACAUCUACUGAAUUUUACUUUCGCUGUUCCAAUGAAAUUUGGGCCAAGGGAUUCAUUUCCUCAUUUUUUGUUAAACGAAUUGUUUGUUUUUUAUUAUUGAGUUUUGUAUGCUAUAUUGUAUAUUACUGCUAUAAUUUAUAUUUGUAUUUAAUAUUGAUAGCAAUAAAUUUUGUUG